CCUCCAAUCCCGCCUCCCGCUGCCCAGCGCUUCCCCACCCCUCCCCCGGCACCCCCAGUGUCCGCCAUGGCCAAAGCCUACGACCACCUCUUCAAGUUGCUACUGAUCGGGGACUCGGGGGUGGGCAAGACUUGUCUGAUCAUUCGCUUUGCAGAGGACAACUUCAACAACACAUACAUCUCCACCAUUGGAAUUGAUUUCAAGAUUCGCACUGUGGAUAUAGAGGGGAAAAAGAUCAAACUGCAAGUCUGGGACACGGCUGGCCACGAGCGAUUCAAGACGAUAACUACCGCCUAUUACCAUGGAGCCAUGGGCAUUAUCCUAGUAUAUGACAUCACAGAUGAGAAAUCCUUUGAGAACAUUCAGAACUGGAUGAAGAGCAUCAAAGAGAAUGCCUCCGCUGGGGUAGAGCGCCUCUUACUGGGGAACAAGUGUGACAUGGAGGCCAAGAGGAAGGUACAGAAGGAGCAAGCCGAUAAGUUGGCCCGGGAGCAUGGAAUCCGUUUUUUCGAGACAAGUGCCAAAUCCAGUAUGAACGUAGAUGAGGCCUUUAGUUCCCUGGCCCGGGACAUCUUGCUCAAGUCAGGAGGCCGGAGAUUGGGAAACAGCAACAAGCCCCACACCACUGACCUGAAAACUUGUGACAAGAAGAACACCAACAAGUGCUCCCUGGGCUGAGGGCCCCUUUCUGCCUCCCCACCCUAAGCCUGGAGGCAGAACCUGAGGGAGGCAGGGCGGAGGGGCUGGGGCGGGGAGAAAUAGCAAGUGGGGCUUGGAGGGAUACAGAUGGGUAGAUGGCGGAAGAAUAAGGAGAAAAGGGAGAAGAAAAAAGGAGAGGGAGAGGAGGAAAGA